AUGUUGAGGUUUGGGUUCCGGGACCCGGCAAUCGCUGGGAUUGGGUACCAACACAUUGCAUGGAUUGCAUUGGGUGUGGUCACCGCCGCCAUCGUAUAUUUCCUCAACAUUCCUCUACCGCCACUUUCUUCGACGCUGCUCAACUGGCAAAAGAAAGGCACAGUCUUCAAAUAUAAGGAAUUUGAUAUAUUUUAUAUAGUUGAGGAAGGAAUACAAAGCGAUGGAAGCACCCUUGUGUUGAUCCAUGGAUUUCCCACCUCCAGCCAUGAUUGGAGCAAGAUUCUUGGUCGCAUGAAAUCGCAGUUCAGCAGAAUCAUUAUGCUGGAUAUGUUGGGAUAUGGAUUCUCAGACAAACCGCUCGACCACCACUACCUCAUUACGGAACAGGCGGACAUUCACGAGGCUCUGCUGACGUCACUUUCUAUAUCACGCGCACACGUGAUGUCACAUGACUAUGGUGACACCGUGGCCUUGGAACUGCUUCACAGAUUUAACAACAGAGAAUCAAAGUUUCAACUUGAAUCAAUGUGCAUGUUAAAUGGCGGCGUGUUUCCAGAGACAAAUUCCCUUUUUGGGGGCCAAAAGCUUCUUUUGACGCCUGUUCUCGGGUUCAUUCUGAGCCAUUUUACCUCCUACCGGAAUUUUAAAUGGAGCAUAUCAAGGGUGUUCGGAGUUGAAACCCAACCAACCUCUGAUGAAAUGAUGGAUUUCUACGCAAUAAUACAGCGCAAAAAUGGCAACGUGGUUAAAUCAAGAUUGAUAAAAUAUCUCAACCAGCGGGCUGAAAACAAGGACAGAUGGGUCGGUGCACUCGUGCAAACGAAAAUUCCAGUUCACAUGAUAUAUGGGCCGUCUGAUCCAGUUAACAGUAGAUACGCCUUUGUUGAUCAAUACAAGAAAGUAGUACCAUCCCCGAGUAUAACUGUACUAGAAGCGGCGAUAGGACACUACCCCCAUUGGGAGGAUCCCACUGCCGUCUUCGAAUCCUACAAGUCCUUUUUGCAGUCCAUCAAAAAGCCUUAAAAUCUCACUUCAGGUUCAUCAAAAACCUUGAAAUUCAUUCCACCAGUGUAUAAUAAACUAGAAAUCAUUCCACCAGUCCAUACAAAGCCUUGACCUCUCUUAUCCAUUUAUCUAAAAGCUUUUCUAUUUUUCAUAGAAAUGUAAAACCAUCAUUUUUUCAAAAAAGGGCUUUGAAAGAUUUCCUCAAUGUCAAUUUAAAAUCUGUACGCUCUUAAAAAAUUGGGGGAAAAAGCUGUUGUUUAAAGUUGUCUUUUAAUUUUAAAUGAGUAUGUCUGCAUAUCCGUAUAUUUGACAGUAUAAACAUUUUCACUUUUGUUUGUUAGAUGUUUGAUUUGUCAUAUUCUAGCACUGAAUACCGUUGUGUUAAUCUUGUAUGCGCACUUGUUUUGUUGAACACAUAGCUUAUUAACCAUGACAGAUAAACACAUACAUGACCAUCAUGUGCUUAAAUGUCGAUAAGUAUGAAUCAUUCACUCUUUUGUUUGACCAUCAUUCGUAUAACCUUAAAGGGACAUGACACCAGAUGGUCCAAAAAUCGGCUAAUGAUAUUACCUCAAGACAAGCCUACAAAUGUCGAUACGAGCUAUUAUGAGGCAAAUAAUUCAUUAUUUUACAUUAUUAAAAUAAAAUUUAUCGCUGUUUCAGCUGAGGUUACCCGGUUAAAUUAAGCGCAUACUGAUUUCCCAGUCUAUAAUGUGUAUAUUUAGCAUGUGAAUUUCCCGUGAUUAGUACAGAUACAUAUGGGUCUUGUUCGAGGCAUUGACACGUGCACGUGAAACAAUCAUGGUUAUCGUCACUAUGCCAGGAUGGUAGGCAUUUGGAAACACUUCAACCUCCCAUAGGCCGUUGUACAUACCAACGCGAUUUUUAAAAUUACUGAAAUUUACAUGGUGGACAAACCCAGUAAAUUUCGCAUUUGAAAAAUAUGCAAACACUGCGAAUGACAGACACAAAAAAUUUGUCGUUGGCAAUGUGAUACAUCAGUAAGAAAGAGUCAAUGCGUUGAACACAGUGAUACCAAUUUUCAGUUUGUUCUUGACAAUUCUCUUUUUAUCAUGCACUGGUAUUAUCUGUUGACUAGUCCCUUUAAGCAACAUGUUAAUGUUUUUCUUUUAUGUUUCACCCUUGCCUCGUGCAUUUGUUUUUAACAUAAAACUUUAUAAACAGA